AUGUGUCCCACAGGCUCUGCUAGGGUUCCGACGAAGGUUUGGCCGGAAGAGUUCAGAAGGCAUGGAGGCAACGGAGUGCGAUCUUUAGAGAGGGGGGAAGACAAGCAUCAUGGUGGUUUUAAUUUAUUUGUUGACGGCAUUGACGAUUCAAUGACGUACCAGCAACUUAGGCAGGUUUUUGCUCAGUAUGGAGCGAUUCAGAGACUGUUUUUGCAGCUCAGACGGCGGCCAGGUCGAAGAAACCGGUUUGCAUUUGUACGGUUUAGAGAGGAGCACGCAGCGAGGGAGGCAAUAAAGGUCGUCAAUGGUGCUUUUAUCAAUCAGUCAUUGUUAUCUGUAAAGAUGGCUAUGUAUGAGUCCCGCUCGGGAAUGAAGGGGAGUUGGAAGAGGAAGGCGUUAAGGUCCGGGAGCCCGAAGAUGGUUUGGACGGAGAAAUAG